UAAAAAGAUCAUUCCAUAUCCAUUAAUCCAUCCAUUCGACAUUCAACAAAUACAUUUUGUUACAUUGGUGGGAGCAAAAUUGGGCAAAAUUCUGCGGAAAGUUCAAUCACAGGAGUAGGGCUUCGUCAUCAUGAGCACCUCCAGCGACGGACAUCGGACGGUGCGAUCGGAUGACCACCAUGUACUCCGACAGAAAUACAAAUCCGUCAAGUACAAGCUGAGUCAAAUGGAGGAACAGCUCGACGAUGUUCACGAUGAGCGUAAUCACCUUCAGGAAAUAAACGAUGAGCUUCAUUCUCGUCUUUCUAGUAAAGAGAAGGAGCUAGUGCAUACACGUAACUUACUGGAGAGCAAUCGGAAUCAUGGAAUGAAAAUGGGUGAGGAUGGCAAGGAAAACACACAGGCGUUUGGGGAUUUCAAAAAAAUCCUUUGUUUCAUAGAGGAUUCUCUCAGCUUUAUUCCCCCAGUACCCGAGCAUGAGAAUCAGCUUUUAGGGCGAAUUGCCACAAUCAUGACACAUUUACGGAGUAAGGAAGAACAAAUAGUCAACCUCACGAGGGCUAAUCAACAGUUAACACAACAGAUCGAGAGAAGAGCUGAGGACAAUGGUGCACAGCCAGACAAGCCACCGCGGGAAAAAGUGGAGGCAGUCCUCACGCGAGUCAUGCAACAGCAUGAAAUUACAGUCGCCAAACUACAGUCUGAACUAGAAUCCGCUAAAAAACAACUUGAACUUACGAGAAACAUUGAUCCACGCAAUACACGGGAAACCCUUGAGGCUAACCUGAGCGACGCACGGACACAGAUCCAGGAUUUGCAAGGAGCACUCGCACGAGCGGAGCGCGGCAAGAGCGCGGCUAUGGCAAGUAAGGAUCAAAAGGCCCUUGAGGUGCAAAGACUGCAAAGGGAGGUCGAUGAUAUGCGGAAGAACACCAAGGCGAAGCAAUAUCAGAUCGAAAAACUGUUAAAGGAAUUGGCUGAGAUGAAGGAUCUCUAUAACAAUGCCAAAACUCGAUCGCUAGUUGAGGACAUCGACAAAAUCCAAAAGUUAACAGCGAGAUUAAAGGACGCGGAGAGCCAGAUAUACAAGGCUAAAAAGGCAGCCUUGGAAAAGCAAGAAGAACUUUCAUCACUCCAGUCAAAGUAUGAAAAGCUACAAGAUGAGAAGAACGGAUACCUGAAAAAGCAAGGAUUGCUACAGGAGGAGCUUGCGGCUAAGGAUCUGGAAUUAGCAAAUGCUCGUUCGACUUCAGCAGGGUUUGAUUCUUCUGUAAGGUCUGCAGAACGGGAACGCGAUGCUGCUGUGAAACAAGCUUUGCGAGAAGCGGCUGAUUGGAGUGCAAAACUGCAGUCGUCACAAUACACCAUCUCUAGUCUAACUAGUGAACGCGACUUUUUGAUGAGCGCACUAGCGAUGGCGGAAGAGCAACUUGCAGAACAAGCGUCACAAAAACAACAAGAGUCAAGUCAAUCUCAACAAAAGGACAACCUUGUGGCUUCGCUUCAAUUUAAACUCGAAUCUGCAGAAGGAAAGAUCCAGGCGCUACUGGAGCGUCAAUCGGCUGAUCGUCAACUUUUGGACGAUCAUCAACAAAAGAUUCGUUUCCACGAACAAAGGAUCGCAGCAUUACAAGUAAAAGCGGAGGAAGCUAAUAUCGCAAAGAGGAGAAGAUCAGGUGAGCUUGGACAAUUCUAUCAGAUUUUGGAUGCAAUCAAUGAGAAUUCAGAAAACAUUACAGCAGUACCGACGACUCGAAGUCUUGAUGACGAUCUUAAGAGAACUCAGGUUAAAGCUGAGGACGGAAGUGGAAUACCAAGUGGGCCUCCUGAUUCCAAGGCAUGGCAUCAGGCGUCAGUGCAGAUACAACAAAUGAUAGGGAGCGGGCUAGAAGAAAAAAAGUUGGAAAAAAAUGUACUUAUUGAUCAGAUGCGUCAACAAGAAUCCAAGAUUGUUGAUUUAGAGAAGAAACUUGAAGAAGAGAAGGAAGCGCAGGCGAGAGUACCAGAAAUGGGCGCAACGUUGACCAUUGAGGAAGAGGAGGAGCUGAGAUCAGACUUAAUUCGCGCACUAAACAGGAUUGAUGCAUUGGAAGAACAGCUAGCGUCACUCGAAGAGGACUUCUCGAAGAUGACCCAAGUCCACAGCAAUGUGUGCACUGAUUAUGAAGAGAAGAAACAGACGAUUUCGACAUUGAUGCAUGAUGUGACGUGCAAGGAAGGGAAGAUUGCCACGCUUGAGAGAGAUCUUAUGCGUCGAAAGCAGGAUUUGGCAGUCAAGACAGCAGAGUUGGUUGAUUGCAGGACUAAGCUGCAGGAGCAAGAGUUACGCGCUAAUUUGCUAGAGGAAGAGGGCAAGAGCCUCCGAAAUCGGGUAGCAGAACUUGAAAAGAUCAAGGCAGAGCAAUUGGAACAGCUGGAUGGGCGUGAGAGGGCUCUAAAGCGUUUAGAAGAAGCUCGCAAGUUAUACGGACAGGUGGACAAGUCGACUAUUGAUCGAUUGAAAGAAGAAAAGGCGGCCAAUGAGAAGCUAGUACUAGCAGAGCUGAAGAGACUAAAAGUACAGCACGAGGAAGAAUUACAAAAGACUGUGACCGAGUGUUCGGAGAGCCUUACACUCGCACAGACGAGCCAUGACCGUAUCAUGGAGUCAUGGCAGAGUGAGGUAGCUGAUGUCCAGCGCCAGCUACGCGAGCAACAGGCCCAUGUAGAGGAGCUGGAGCAGGAAGUAGUCAGAAUGGCUCAGGAGAUAGAUGAGCGGAAUGUAGUGAUCACGGGCUACAUGGCCUUGGUGACGGACAAAGAUGACCAGAACAUGCUUCAAGAAGGGUCCGAACUGUUCCAGAGUCUCCUUAAGCAGUACCAGAAUGUCAUGCAACAAAAACAAGCGCUCGCUGCAGCCAUGCAGGAUCAACAUAGCAUUAUGGAACGAUAUAAUGCAAACAUGGAGGACCUUGCGAACCGCGGUCAGAUGUAUCUGCGCCAAGGUCAAGAACGUGAGCUAGAACUAGCAUCUGAAAAGAAGGCACGGCUCAAGGAGCAACAGGAGUACAAACAGCAGCUUGCAGCAAAAGAUGCAGCCAUCGAAGCAUUAGGGCAAGAGUUGAAGGAAAAGACAAAUGCUUCGUCGCAAAAGGAAGUAUCACACAGGAAUAGGAGCACAUCACCUUUGGCCCAAGCUAAUGACUUUUAACUUGCUUUCUUUUUUAUCUUCACUAUAAUCAUCAUGGCCAUCAUUAUGGUCUUUUCUUUUCAUAUUGUAUUUCUAUGCUUCUGAAUCAAUCUUUUCGCUUUCUAUUUUCUAUGCGCUACCAAAUGUAC